AUGACUAAGGAACUCUGCGCACCCGGUGAGUGGCAUCUUGUCAGCUUGCAGAACAGCGUGGCACCCAUCACCAUGACCACCGCGAGCCAGCUGGUGGUUCCCAUGACGCUUUGGGGCAAGAUAGCCCCCACACACAAUGUGUCAUCUAUCUUCAUCACAAAGGAUCAGAAGAUAAUCGUCACAGGCUGCAACGAUGGCCAGAUAUGCGUCUGGGACAUUAUGGAUGGGCUGAAACAUGCUUUUCGGCCACACUGGUCGAGUUCGGUGCCUGGCCAGUGCCUGUCCAACUGGCGAUGGCUCUUUGCUGGUCAGCUCUUCCGAGACUGGUCCCACAUGAUUUCCGGGGGUGAAAGCUCUCACCUGUUCUGCAAUGGCUACUAUCCGGACAUUGUCAUCCUUGACACUAUGACGUUGACUGUGGCCUUCCAACUCAUGUCACGGAUCACCUCGGACUGGAUCAGUGCCUAUAGUUUCAUCUACGUGGUCAUGAUUGGAAUUCUUGAAAACCUAGGCACACUGAUGUAUGACGUUGUCGUAGCUGUCAGCGCUGGUGGUGUGGCCAAGGUCUGGACUCUGUCACCCGAGGAUUACAAGUCUCCGAGCCCCCUGUACGAGAGCGAGACCAAGAUUCUCAAGUGCCUGCGCACAUUGUGGCUAGCGUGCUGUGCCUACAACCAGCGCACCAUACUUGUGGUGACGGCCAACUGUUGGCAUAUCUACGAUGCUUAUGACUUCGCGCUGCUUUGCUCAACGGACAACCUGCCAUAUGAGCGGUGGAUGGGAGGGGACUUCAUCUCUGGUGACCGUGUGUGCGUGUGGAGUGAUAAGGGUCGUGGUUAUCUCUAUCAGCUGCCAGCCAAUGCCAUUGUUGAAAGCAGGGAGUUUCGCACUGGGCCCAACCCUGAAGACCAUGCUUUCCUCUUCUGUGUGCUUGCUGUUCCCAAUGAUAAGAGGCUCGUGUGCUCUCCUUCUAUGGGAUACUUCUUGGGCACGCGGGGUGGCUUUCACAAAAUGCUCCUUAGGGGAGACUGCAAUGGAUCUAUCGUUGUAUGGAAUGUUGUGGACGGAGCCAAUUGUGAUGUGGCUCACAUACGCCGAAAUGGAAAUGUUGCUCAAAUGAAACCUUUCCUGAGCCUUGCUUUACAGGAUGCUUGGGGUGAAAUGAAGCCUCCGCCCCCUGGCAUUAUGGACAAAAUGGAGCUGCCUGGAGAAAACCAUGAGACAAGGCUCUCUGCCAGCGUCUACUUGCCCCUGCAAGGACGCUUGGUGGUUGGCAGGGAGGACGGCAGCAUCAUUGUCAUGUCGGUCACACAAGCUGUUAUACUGCAGACCUAUGGGAAACAACACCACGACGAUCAACCGCAGCUGUUAGUGUUAAGCGGCCACAUUGGCCGUGUGACGUGCUUGCUGUAUCCGAACCACGUGCAUCCCCGUUACGAUGCUGGUCUCCUGGUAUCCGGGGGCGUAGAUUUCUCAGUCUGCAUGUGGGACCUGUACGGGGGCACACUGCUGCACCGAUUCUGCGACCACGCAGGCGAAGUCUUGCAGCUUCUCGUGCCACCAAACGAAUGCAACCCACGAGUGCUGCAAAGCAUCUGCAGUGUGGCCAGUGACCACUCGGUGGCGCUGCUGAACCUGAAGGAACGCAAACGCAUCUUGCUGGCCUCUCGACACCACUUCCCUCUCAGUGUGGUAAAGUGGCGACCCUCACACGACUUCAUGGUGGUCGGCCUCUUGGAUGGCUCUGUUCAUGUCUGGCAGAUGGAGACAGGCCACCUAGACCGAGUCCUUCGGGGUCUAGCAGCGGAGGAAAUCCUGAACGCAUGCGAAGACUACUCUGGGCACCGAGUAGAACGCAUGACAAGCGUGGCUGGGCAUCACCAUAACAUGGCUGUCAUACGGCACGCCAGCCAGCGUGGAAUGAGCCAUCGGCACCACUCUUCGCACCACCAUGCUCCCGGACACCAGCAUGGAGGACAUGAAGCUGGAGACAGUGCCCAUACACGAUCACGGACACACCCGCUCAUGGUUCAGGGGCUCAGGACCAGCCCGACUGAUCAGGACAGUCACGUGCUGUUCUUUGACAUUGAGGCACUCAUUGGCUUCCUGAACUCCCUGAAAGGAAAGCAGCGCAGAGAUGCUUCCACUGCUCGGACGGGGGCUAGCACUUCACGAGACAUGUCACAACUACUGGCUGAAUUCAAAGUGCAGAUGCAGUCCGAACAGAAUUCUGGAAUGGCGGCAGGUACUCUGGAGCCUGGGGGCCUGGCCAAUCAGUCCGAAUACCAGAAGUACCUCGCCUUGUCCAUGUCCACCUCACCAGAGGCACACAAAAAGGCCUCCUCGGGUUUCAUUGCCAAAGUGAGAGACACCGUAAGAGACACAGCACAGAGCGUUGGCAUAAAACAGACCAGGCAUCAGGCAGCAAGCCUCUAUGGUCUGGAGUGGAAGCUGAACCCGGCAGGAGAUGUGAAGAAUGCAGCAGCUGUGGAAGCCAGUGCCAAGAUGAAGCACCUGAGCCUGGCCGAGACCAAUCUGACCAUGGAGAUUUCGCAGCUGCUGUUGUCCGUCCUGCAUGCUUGGGGGCUCGACCCUGACCUUGACAAGGAACAGGUGUGCGAAAGUAAGCUAGGACUACUGUGCCCCAUGCGACCCACCUGCUUUGGUCUGCUGUCCCGAGGCAACCACAUGAGCCUGCUGCUUCCCACCUACAUGUACCGCAUGAUGCCUCUCUUGCCAAAAGCUGGAUCUAUGGGCAGCACCAAGGAGCGCAAGGUGGUGACCAUGCCAGUGCCCAAGGAGCAGAUUGAAGAGGAGGAGCGGGCACGACGCUUCUCAUCAAAAGGCCACUGGGAGUUAUCGACGGCUGUCACAACCAAUCACCUGAUCUCCGUGAUUGCCCUGGCCAACACACUCAGGUCUAUGAGAAGUGCCACCUUUGUACCCGAGCAGGAGAAGCGCCGAAGGCUACACAGGCGACUGAGUCGUGCUGAUAGCCGUGCCUUCAUGAUGACGCCUGCUGAAGGUGUUGUGGACAGCAGCGGCGCCCUGUCCGUCCUCCAGGAGGUUCUGUCUCAGCAGCAGGCUGAUAUCAAGCAGGGCUGGAGCUUGCUGGCUGCACUGCACACAAUCCUGCUGCCUGACCUGGUAGACACGCCAGACUUCAAGCAGCCACAGGUUGAAAUACUCGCCCGCCGGUGGCAGGACCGCUGCUUUGAGGUGCGUGAGGCAGCUCAGUCUCUUCUUCUUGCGGAGCUACGGCGCAUUGGUGCCAAGGGCCGCAAGAUGGUUGUGGACGAAUGGGCCAUCUACCUGCCAAACUACACCAGUGCCUCUGCCGCUACGUCCUACAUCUCGCCUGGUGGGCCCACUGCAUCAGCACCUCAGCCGGCACCUCCUCCUGAUAGUGGCAGCCCACCCUGUGUUAGCUACCAGUUUAAGUGUGCUCCUGUCAGCCGAGCCUCCUCAGGAGGAAGCACACCGUCAGGGCCCAGACCAAGGGAGACGCAGUCAAUGCGAACGACCAAUGAGCAGAACUCGUCAGACGAAGACGAAGAGGAAGAGAGAGAAGGUGGGAAGGCGACCAAGCACUCCUGGAGUGCUGCCGAGGCCCGCCGAAAGCAGUCUACAGCCAUUGUUCUUCUCGGUGUGAUCGGAGCAGAGUAUGGCCAGGAGAUUGAACAGAGCAAGCGAAAGGGUGCCGAAGACCAGAGGAGGAGGUCUAUCGUGGAGGGAUUUGGACCCACCAACUAUUCUCUUGCACGGCAGACCAGUCAGGCACUGGCACACCUGCUGCUGACACCUGCGUCUUCAUCUCUUCCCGCUCACUCUUCGCUACGCCGAGCGGCCAUUGACCUGAUUGGCCGAGGCUUCGCGGUCUGGCAGGCAUACAUAGAUGUGUCCCGUGUGCUGCUUGGUCUGUUUGACCUCUGCUGCGAUGCAGACAAGCUGCUCCCCAGGGUGUCGUACGGGCUGCCGAUGACACCGGCGGCAGAUUCUUGCCGCACAGCCCGGCAGGCACUGUCCCUGAUUGCAACGUCGCGUCCGCCAGUAUUCAUAACGACGCUGGCACGUGAGGUGCGCCGCUACACCACUCUCGCGCAGGACGCCCAGUCUCUCAACAUCUCGCUGCAUCAGACAGUGCUGUGCCGUGCGCGCCCUGAGAUAUUGCGCAUUAUGGAUUUGCUCAUCAGCAAGAUGGGCGAAGUGGCCAAGCUGCUCGCCGAGGUGAUGGAGAUCGUGCUGCACUGCGUCGACCCCACCCAGCUGAAGGCACGCGGGCUCGGCGAACUGUUCCCUCCGAUAUGCAGAUUUAACAUGGUCAGCUACUGCAAGGCAACGCGGCGCAUUGCUGUUGGAGGCAAGAAUGGCAACCUCACCAUCUUUGAACUGAAGGCCUCAAAGUCGCAGGUAACAAUGGCCCACACAGCGACCGUGGAUGCCUGCACAUUCUCCCGGAUGGCAAAUAUUUGGCCACCUAUUCCAACGGGGAGAACAAGCUCUGCUUUUGGCAGACGGCAUCCGGCCUGUUUGGGCUGGGAAAUGCACAAGCCGCGCUGUGUGCGCACCCACACGACGCCCGAACUGCCAGAAAGUGUAGUUGCCAACCCGCUCAAGAUGGCACGGCUCGUGUGGGUCACCAGCCGCAUCGUCAUCCUCAUGGUGGCCGACGGCACCGAGCAUCGAUUCACCCUCUAG